GUGUUUUUUUCUUUCUGGCCAACAGCUUUGCAACUUCACACAGAGAAGUCGGAAAGCGUGCGUUUUAGUUUCCAUUUCGCCGGUAGUGGAUAGAGAAGUCAGUUUCUGUGUGAGAGAAGAAGCCGCAAGAAGCUAGAGUUGUUGUGUGUCAAACUGAAUUGACGUGGUGUUAUUUGUUUGGUGCUGUGGAGGAAAUUACCAGAAAGAUGAGCCGAAAUCUAGGUCUAUUGCUGUUGAUGAUUUGCCUCUGGGUGGGAGAUUUUUCGGAGGCCAAUACCUGUCCUGGCUGUGUGGAUCUGGAUGAUAUUAUUUUCAAUAAAACCAUUGAACGUUUUCCAUAUGCUCUGAUCAAAUUCGAUAUUGCCUUUCCGUAUGGCGAGAAACAUGAGGCAUUUGCUGCCUUCUCCCGGGCUGCCCAUUCGGUUACCGAUGACUUGUUGAUUGGCACAGUGGGCAUUAAGGAUUAUGGCGACAAUGAAAACAAAGAGUUGGGCGAACGUUACAACAUCGAUGACAAGAAUUUCCCGGGCAUAAUGCUGUUCCGUCAUGGUGUCAAGGAUUUCUUACAUUUUCCCGAACAUUUGGAUGUAACGGUGGAUAAUUUGAAAACUUUCGUCACCUCCAAUACGGAGCUGUUUAUUGGCAAGGAGGGUUGCUUGAAGGAGUUUAACGAGUUGGCCAAGAAUUUUGUCAAUCAAAAGGAGGAAGAACAAAAGAGUCGUCUCGAAAAGGCCGAGGAAUUGAAGGCAUCACUGAAGAGGGAAGCGGAUCAAACGAGUGCCCAAUUUUAUAAGCUAUUCAUGGAAAAACUCAUGGCCCAGGGUUAUGAUUAUUUUGAGCAAGAAAUCAAACGUUUACAGCGCCUUAAGGCCGGCAAGGUAUCGGCUGCCAAGAAACAAGAGCUGGCCAAAAAAUUGAAUAUUCUCGAAUCGUUUCGUGUCAAUGUUCUGACCAAAGAAGAGCUGUAGAAGAAAGGGACUGAUUUUUUGUUCGUGUGUUAAGCCAACUUGCCUGAAUUGAAAAAUUCUAGAGUUUUUUUUUAAAUAUUUAUAUUAAUGUAUUUUUUUUUUGCUGUGUUGUUGUAACCAAUGGCAACCAAUUGGAAUUUCAGAUUUCAUGCUUUGGUGUUCUCCGCUAUUCUAUUUUUCCAGCAAAGCAAGUUCUUUUUCGUUUUGGUUUUGUAAUAUUUUUAGUGUAUGCAUGUUUUGUACAAAUUUCGUAUUAGCUUUAUUAAUUAAUUAUUGUAAUAUUUUUAGAUAAUCUUUU